AUGCUGGUGGUGGUGGAUCAUCAUUUAACUACAAAAUCAUUGUCAAAUAAUAUUAAUAAUAAUAAUAAUAAUGAUAAUGAUAAUGAUAAGGAUGAUAAUUUUAAUUAUGGUAUUGUUAUAGAUUCUGGUUCUUCUGGUUCAAGAAUUCAAAUUUAUAAAUGGAUUAACCCAAUUAAUCAAAAACUAUCUACUAAAAAUCAAUCUAUUUUACAAUCUCCACCAAAAAUUAUACAAGAAAAGAAUUGGACUAAAAAAAUUACUCCUGGUAUUUCAACUUUUAAUUCAAAGCUGAAAUUUAAAAAAAUUUGGUCAAAUCAUUAUUCUGAUUUAAUGAAAUUUGCUAGCGAAAUAAUACCAGAAUCAAAACAUUAUGAAACUCCUGUUUUUAUUUUAAGUACUGCUGGUAUGAGAUUACUACCUGAAAAAAUUUCAAGUCAAAUUUUAAAAGAAACUUGUAUUAGUAUUCAACAAAAUACAAAUUUUUACCUACCCAAUUGUGAGAAUUUUGUUCAAAUAAUUGAUGGUUCUUCUGAAGGUUUAUAUGGUUGGAUCGGUUUAAAUUAUUUAAUGAAUACUUUCAAUAAUUAUGUUGAAGGUGAUUCUACUCAUGAAUCAAUUGGUUUUAUGGAUAUGGGAGGAGCUUCAACUCAAAUUGCAUUUGUUCCUUCUUCAAUUGAAGAAAUAGAAAAGCAUAAUGAUGAUUUAUCAAAAGUUGUAAUACGAAAUAUAAAUGGUGAAACUCAAGUUUGGAAUGCAUUUGUAGCUACAUGGUUAGGAUUUGGUGCAAAUGAAGCAAGAAAAAGAUUUCUUAAUCAAUUAAUACAAUUAUCAAUAAUAAAUAAAAAUGAUGAUAACAUUAUUAAUGAUCCAUGUUUACCAAAAGGUGCAACUUUAAAUUAUAUUUAUGAUUAUAAAGGUUAUUUAAUUAAUGGUAUUGGUAAUUAUGAAAUGUGUAUAAAAACAAUUUAUCCAUUAUUAAUGAAAACAAUACCAUGUAAAGAAGAACCAUGUUUAUUUAAUGGAAUUCAUGGUCCAAAAUUAAAUUUUAAACAAGAUAAAUUUGUUGGAAUUUCUGAAUAUUGGUAUACUGCAAAUGAUAUUUUUCAUAGUGGAGGUGAAUAUAAUUUUAAAGUUUUCAAUAAAAAAGUUAAAGAAUUUUGUGAAUCAAAUUGGGAUCAAAUUUUAAUAAAUUCUCAAAAUGGUGAUUAUUCAAAUUUAGAUCCAAAUAUAUAUUUAGUAGACGCAUGUUUUAAAGCAAGUUGGGUAAUGAAUAUUUUACAUGAAGGUUUUGAAUUACCUAGAAUUGGUUUUGAAGUUGGAGAAGAUGAUGAUCAGAAAUUAGAUGAUUCUGAUAAAGUUACAAAUGUUCAUGUUCCUUUUAAAUCUGCUGAUUCAGUUGAAGGUGAAGAAUUAUCUUGGACUUUAGGUAGAAUUUUAUUAUAUGCUUCAUCUCAAAUACAACCUUCCAAUUCAGAUAUACAAUAUAAAAACAUUGGAAUUUAUCCCAGUGAAAUCUCUGGUAAAAAAUUUAUACCUGGUGGUGCAAUUCAUGAAGAUUUAAGUGAUGAUGAUGAUAAUAAUAAUAAUGAAAUUAAACAUGUAAUUAAUGGAAUUUUAAUAUUCAUAUUAAUAAUUGUUUUGCUUUUCAUUUUUCGAAAAUUAAGUUUGAAAGGUAAAAAAUUUCAACCACCAAUUAAUAUAAAAAGAAACCUAAGUCAAUUUUUAUCAAAGGUUCCUGGUGUUAGAUCAUUUUUCAAUGAUUUUAAUAUUUAUCAAAAUCUUGAACAACAAAAUAUUCAACUUGAAGAAGGUGGAUUUAUGCGAAAUGAUGUUGAAAAUUUACAAAAUUCAGAGUAUUCAAAUGCUGCAUCAGUUUUAAGAACAAGACUGGCUAUAGGUAUAAGUGAGGAAUUUGAAAAUAGACCAAGUAUAUUUAAUAAUCAAAAUAAAUCAUAUAAUCCUAGAUUCAACAGUUUUAUCAAUAAACCAUUUACUGUCCCGUCUGAAAAUGAAUAUAAACAACAAUUCAACAAUGACGGUUUUACAAAGAAGAAAUAG